AUGGCAGGUCAGUUAGAUCCUACAGAGAAUUCUUUUGUAAAAAAUAUAGUUGAAUCAGCUAAACGUACUGCUAAAGCUCCAGUUGUAAAGAAAGAUCCUGUCUCCAAUGACAAUUUGAUAAGUUUAUGUUCUAUGUUUCAAGGUUCGAAUGAUUUAACAGUAGUUAGGGAUCUGGCUAUGAUUUUACUGAGUUAUAGUGCUUUUCUUAGAUUUAGUGAGUUGAGUAAUCUGAAAUGUAACGACAUUAUAUUUAAGGAUAGUUAUUUAGUUGUAAAGAUUAAAAAGAGCAAAACUGACCAAUAUAGAGCUGGAGAUGAAGUUUUGGUUUCUAAAGGUCAAUCAAUGGCUUGUCCCUUUGAUAUGUUAUUAAAGUAUGUUGGAUUGGCGCAUUUAGAUAUUUUUUCAGACAAGUAUUUGUUUCGUCCAUUGUAUAAAUCUAAGAACAAGUCUGGUUUAAUUCAGGUUAAUAAACCGAUCAGCUAUAGCACAGCUAGAGAAUGCAUACUGAAGCGUUUAAAAUUAGUUGCUCCAGAGUUAAACCUUGGUUUGCACUCUUUGAGGUCUGGUGGUGCCACUGCGGCGGCUAACUCUGACGUUAACGAAAGGUGCUGGAAGCGCCAUGGUAGAUGGAAAAGCGAUUCUAGCAAGGAUGGUUAUGUGGCUGAUUCUAUUGAAAACAGAUUAAAAGUGUCGAAGAAAUUAGGUUUAUGA